ACAUUGAAUAUUAAUCAAGGUCCUUAUUUGCAAUAUGGUAUGAUAUUUAAGAAUGAAGGACACUCCAUUAAUACAUUUAAUAAUUACAUCACAUCGGCGUCUCAUAAAUCAUUAGUAGUAAUAGUUUCUCAUGUUACCGAAAUUAGAACAAGAAAAUUAAUUAGAGAAUUCAUGUUUGGUAUUAAAAAUAAUUUGAGACCAUGUAUGGAACAAAAUGGAAGUAUCUAUUAUAAAUUUUUAGUGAAACUUUAUCAAGGUGUUAAUUAUAAGAUACUAAAAGAGUUUAAAGCAGAAGUUAUGGAAUAUGAUGAUAUUAUAGAGUUUCCAAAUUUAACAGAUAAUGAUGAUUGGCAAAGGAUUGUUCUUACUUGGAUUCAAUCGCUUGAGAAUGAAAUUUCGUAUGAUUACGUUGCAAUUAUUGAUUCGCAUUCUGUAGUGGACCUUAAAAAACUGCGACAAAUUCUAGAUUCAUCUAUUAUUAAUACCUACACCCUAACACCAGAACAAAGAUUUUAUCUAGUUUGGGCAGAUGAUAUGUUCAUAAUCCUUGGUCGAGAAUCUGUUGAUAUUUUACUUAAUAUUGACUAUUUUACUAUGCCAAAUAGAAUUAAAGCUUUAACAGAAUUAUUUCCCAAUCGAAUAUCUAUGGCCUAUUACUAUUACGAAGUAGAAAAUCUUACUAAUAAUAGCAAAUUAUUUUUCAUCAAUGAUCAGAUUGGAAUGAUAGUAUGGACAAAUUCUGUCAAAAGCAUUCUAAUAGAAAAAACAAUAGGGGUCGGUCACGUAUAUCUAGAAAUUGAC